AGAAAUAGAGACAGAGAGAGAGAAAGGAGAGAAGAGGAGAGGAGGGAGAGAGACACUGCCCAUAUUUAUCAACAUAUUCAAAUCCAUGCGUGACUCAUGCAUUAGCCACAUGUAGGGCCCUUCACUCUUCAGGUGAGACUCACUAGGCACUAUUUAGGAUCAUAAAAUUUAUAUUUGAAUGGGUCCAGACCAUCUUACCAGAGAAUCUGAUUUCAAGAUGAGGAUACUUGAGGCCCAGAGAACUUAGUGACUGAAUUGAAAUUUGAAGCCAGCCCCUGGGACUUCUGACAGGUGUUCUUUUCUCUUGACCACAUUUGAUCUGGAGAACUUCAAGAGUGGUGGUGGGGUGCUUUAAGGAUAUGCAUGUGAACACGGCAACCUUCAUGCUUUUAUACUCCUGGUACUCUUGGCCCAAUGUGAUUCUGUGUUUCUUUGGUGGCUUUUUGAUAGAUCGUGUGUUUGGAAUCCGGUGGGGUUCCAUUAUUUUUAGCUUCAUUGUUUGUAUUGGACAGGUCAUUUUUGCCCUGGGUGCAAUAGUUAAUGCUUUUUGGCUGAUGCAGCUGGGCAGAUUUGUUUUUGGGAUCGGUGGGGAGUCCUUAGCAGUUGCACAAAAUACCUAUGCUGUGAGUUGGUUUAAGGGCAAAGAAUUAAACCUGGUAUUUGGACUCCAACUUAGCAUGGCUAGAAUUGGGAGCACAGUUAACCUGAAUGUUAUGGGUUGGCUGUAUUACAAGAUCGAAGAAUCAUUUGGUUUUUUGGGUCACACAGCGCUUGGCGUCACGCUCAUGAUUGGCGGUAUAACAUGUGUCUUUUCACUGAUCUGUGCAUUGGUUCUUGGAUACAUGGACUGGAGAGCAGAACGAAUCCUUCAUAAAGAACAAGGAAAAACUGGCGAAGUUAUCAAGUUCACAGACGUGAAGGACUUCUCCCUGUCCCUGUGGCUCAUCUUUGCAGUCUGCGCAUGUUACUAUGUGGCCGUGUUUCCUUUCAUUGGACUUGGCAAGCUCUUCUUUAUGGAGAAAUUUAAAGUAUCCUCACAAGAGGCAAGUGCAAUUAACAGCAUCGUGUAUGUCAUCUCAGCUCCUCUGUCUCCUGUCUUCGGGCUGAUGGUGGACAAAGUGGGCAAGAACAUCUUCUGGGUUCUGUGUGCCGUGGCGGCCACUGUGGCCGCCCACACAAUGCUGGUGAUGACCUUCUGGAAUCCGUGGAUCGCCAUGUGUCUUCUUGGAGUCUCCUAUUCCCUUCUUGCCUGUGCCUUGUGGCCAAUGGUGGCCUUCGUUGUGCCUGAACACCAGCUGGGGACUGCGUAUGGCUUCAUGCAGUCGAUCCAGAAUCUUGGCUUGGCCGUCAUGUCCAUUGUUGCUGGAGAGAUACUGGACCUCAGGGGCUAUUUCUUUUUGGAAAUAUUCUUCAUUGCCUGUGUUUCUGUGUCAUUUUUAGCCGUGGUUUUGCUGUACUUGGUGGACUAUACCCGAGGAGGUAACCUUAAUUUUACCAGCAGACAGAGGCUGGAGUUGUCGAAGAUGACACAUACCAAAUGAAUUUGAAGAGCAGUUGUCACUGGAGAGGCGGCUGGAUACUGCGCUCAGGAGAGCUGGACACUUGGGGAGCAGUGAUGGGCUAGAAGGGGGAAAGAGGCCUUUUGGAAAUAACUUUCACUGGGUGUACACAGCUUAUUUCCAAGUUCUUUUCUCCAAGUAUAUUUCUGUAAGAGUGAACAUUAUCUAGAUCAUGUCUUUGGUAAAGUGUGUUGCACAGGAGUUACCUGUAACUACUUGCUAAUAAUUUAUUUAGUGUCCACGUCCAGCAAAAUGCUCUGGAAAGCCUUGCUCCCCUUUGCCCUGGGCAGUGAAUCAAACUGGAGAAGAUGACUCUGCUGAAGGGCUUUUCAUGAGGUCAUCUCAUUUUUGUAUUUCCUGAAUCUGGAAGUUUUAUUUAGUAGGGUUACCUUUUUUUAAACCCAAACCACACAACCCAACAGCCCCCAACCAACCAAAAGAACCCUAAAGUUUUAUAUCAAAUAAAAUGGUGUAUUCUCAA